GACGGGCGCCACUGAGUCAGAGCGAGAGAGAGAGAGCAAGCAAGCAAUCGACGGGCUCAGAACUACAAAACAACUCCACAAAAGAGGCUUCUUCUCACACCACACUCGGAACUUUUCGGCUUGUAUUGUUACCUGGAAUGAAAUGCUUUUACGUGGAUGACUUGAACGAUCAGGUCGAGAUCCAACCUGGUGACUCCAAACUGACCCGUGUGGCCCAACUUGAGCUGCCCGGCUCAAGGGAGCAGCUCGCAGUGAGUUCACCGCCAUGUCUUAACGCCUCACACUCCCCUCUGAAAAUCCUGUCCCCCCUUCCCUCUCUCUCCCCUCCCUCCCCCUCCUCCUCCCCUCCCCUCCCUGUAGAAGCUCCCCAGUCCUUUGGAAACCACAGUGCCGCCUCUGGAGCGAUGAGUCUGCAUCAUCAGCAACAGGGGUCUGAGAGGGAUCUCCCCUCGGCCGCUGCCUCCGUCAGCCUGCCCUCCGUACGGAAGACCCCUAAAAAGCAUCGCCUCUCACUGCGCUCGCUCUUUCGUCGCCGAUGCGGGGACCCCAAAUCCUGCAAAUCACGGGCGCUAGCCGCUGGAGUGGAUGCCAUCGCCAGUGUGGAGAGCGUGCAUUCGGAGAUGUGCCAGCAGCAGGAUCACGCCCCUGCACUUUCUGCACCCGGUGUGGCUUCCACCUCAUCUUCAUCCUCCUCAUCAUCAGCCUCCACCUCUGAGCUGCUGGAGUGCCCGCUGUGCCUGCUGCGCCACACUCGAGACCGGUUCCCGGACAUCAUGACAUGCCACCACCGGUCCUGCGCUGACUGCCUUCGACAGUACCUGCGCAUAGAGAUAUCCGAGAGCAGAGUCAACAUCAGCUGCCCGGAGUGCUCGGAGCGCUUCAACCCCCACGACAUUUGCAUGAUACUCAACGACCGUGUGCUCAUGGAGAAGUAUGAGGAGUUCAUGCUGCGCAGAUGGCUGGUGGCUGACCCCGACUGCCGCUGGUGCCCUGCCCCUGACUGCGGGUAUGCAGUCAUUGCCUUCGGUUGUGCCAGCUGUCCAAAGAUCACGUGUGGUCGUGAGGGCUGUGGUACUGAGUUCUGUUACCACUGUAAACAACUGUGGCACCCCAACCAGACCUGUGAUGCUGCCCGACAGCAGAGAGCCCAGAGCCUCAGACUGAGACCCUUCAGAUCAUCUUCACUCAGCUACAGCCAGGAGAGUGGAGCUGCAGCCGAUGACAUAAAGCCAUGUCCCCGCUGUGCGGCCUACAUCAUAAAGAUGAACGAUGGGAGCUGUAAUCACAUGACCUGCGCCGUUUGUGGCUGUGAGUUCUGCUGGCUGUGUAUGAAGGAGAUCUCAGACCUGCACUACUUAAGUCCUUCAGGGUGCACGUUCUGGGGUAAAAAGCCAUGGAGUAGGAAGAAGAAGAUCCUGUGGCAGUUGGGCACACUGGUGGGCGCUCCAGUUGGCAUUGCACUGAUUGCUGGCAUCGCCAUACCUGCAAUGAUCAUCGGGAUUCCUGUUUAUGUGGGGAGAAAGAUUCAUAAUCGUUAUGAGGGUAAGGACAUUUCCAAGCACAAGAGGAACCUGGUGAUAGCAGGUGGUGUGACACUGUCAGUGAUCGUGUCUCCAGUGGUUGCUGCUGUCACUGUCGGGAUUGGAGUACCCAUCAUGUUGGCAUAUGUCUACGGCGUGGUGCCAAUCUCCCUGUGUCGCAGCGGUGGUUGUGGUGUGUCUGCUGGUAAUGGCAAAGGCGUGCGCAUCGAGUUUGAUGAGGAGAAUGAAAUGAACGUGGGCACCGGAGCAGCUGUUACUGACAGCACUUCAGUAGCAGAGACCAGGCAUAACCCCAGCAUCAGCGAGGGCAGCGUUGGGGGUCUAACGGGCAGCCUGAGUGCCAGCGGGAGCCACAUGGAUCGUAUCGGAGCAAUGAGAGACAACCUGAGUGAGAACGCCAGCACUAUGGCUCUCGCCGGCGCCAGCAUCACCGGCAGCCUGUCAGGAAGUGCCAUGGUCAACUGCUUUAACAGGUUGGAGGUUCAAGCUGAUGUACAGAAAGAGCGCUGCAGUUUGAGUGGGGAGUCUGGCACUGUCAGUCUGGGGACAAUCAGCGACAACGCUAGCACCAAAGCAAUGGCUGGAUCCAUUCUCAAUGCCUACUUGCCUCUGGACAGAGAUGGGAACAGUAUGGAGGUGCAGGUGGAUGUGGAAUCUAAACGUGGGAAGCUCAGACACCACAGCGGUAGCAGCAGUAUGGACGAUGGCAGCAGUGGUGGCCACGGUGCCAGCGUUUGCCCCUCCGGCUGUCCCCACGAGGGCAAGUGUGGCUCUUCCCGCUGGGCUAAGGAGCCUUCCUCCACCUCUUCCUCCUCUUCUAGCAAGAAGAGUAAAGGCAAAUUGCGCAAGAAGAGCGGAGGCACCAAGAUCAACGAGACUCGUGAAGAUAUGGAUGCCCAGCUGCUGGAGCAGCGCAGCACCAACUCCAGCGAGUUAGACUCGCCCUCUCUGAGUGGCAGCCUACCCUCUGUAGCUGACUCGCACUCCAGCCACUUCUCUGAGUUCAGCUGCUCCGACCUGGAAGCCUGCAGACCCCCCUGCUAUGAGACUCACGGUCGACAUCCUAACACGGGCGGAGCAGUCAGCCCUCUCCCUGAAGUCGAGCACGACCGGUUGGAAAACUGUCCUGCCUCUACGAGUCUCCCCCAGGCUUUGGUAGCCCCUCUCACCCCUGACGGAGCAGCCGAGCGCCCCCUUUGCUACAUUGCGGAGGAGAACAUGAGUUUAAUCUGUUCAGCUGAUCUGGAUGCUGGUGCGAGCUUGAGCUCGCCUAAAGAACGCAAUAACAACCUCCCUCAGCCGACUAGCCCUGUGCGUAACGCCUGUAUUCAAACAGAGAUAUAACAAGAAAGGUUUGAGUUAACCCAAAUCCUAGCUUUUAAAGCUAACCUCAACAUCCACUUUAUAACCAAGGAUUGCACACAAAAUUUUAAAUACAAGCUUGUAUGAGUUUCAUGGAGGUUGUAUUUCAAGGUCGGAUUAAUCGAAUGUUGAAGAAUGAAUGCCACCGGUCAAGGGCAGGAUAUUCCUUAAUGGUUAAAAAGGCUCACUUCUUAAUAACAGGAUGUAUAAGGGUCUGUUAGCUUGGGUAUACAGUUGGACUAAAGCUCUGACAAGAUUCGGAAAGGCAACAGAUGAAUGUAAGGCGGCAAGUGAUGCACAGAAACUGAAGAUGACAUGAUAAUGAUGUAGCUGUCAAUCACAUAUGCCUCUUUCAGUGUUCAGGGUCACUCUGAUCAACAACCUCAUUAGUGAGGAAUGAGUGUGUGGUGAAUCUCACGAAGAGUCAUAUUUCAUGACGAAGGUCAUAUUUCACCCUAAAUAUUUUGCAAAAAGAAAAUUAAACCCCUUUUUUAGGAUCAUUAGGAUUUUUUUGCAUUGUAACAUUGUUUUCAUGACAAGUCCUCCGAUACCUAUAAGUGACUUCCCAGAGAUUACAGUAAAAUUAUGGGAUUACUUUGGUAAAAAUGAUCCUUCCCCCAAAUACUGUAAUGCAUCUGGAAGUUUAACUAUUGAGUUUGUGUAUUUCCCAUUAUUUUCAAUGGUGUUUUUUUUUUUUUUACCAUUUUACAGGAAAAAUGACUUUUUAUUAAAAUACUUAAAAAGGUAAUACAACAAAUAGUAACGUUACAUAUAAAUACUGUUUAAAUUUGAUAUAUUUAUAUAUUAUUUUUUGCAUUACAGUAAUGAGAAUAACAUUUUUGCAUCAUGGUAAUGAAAAUUUGGAGGGAAAUGUGCUUUGGCAUAAGUUACAAUGCAAAAAAAAAUCUCCAAAAAUAGGCUUUUUCCUCCCUUUUUUUCGUUGUUUAACGAAUGUUUUUUUUUUUUUUUUGCUUUGUAACAUUAUUUUUGACAUUUAAUGCCACCCAAAAAUCUGUAAUUACAGUAGAAUUACUUGAUUACUGGGGGGUAAAUAGUAAUUCCCCCAAAUUCUCAUUACCGCAAUACAUCUGGACAUUUAUCUAUUGGGUUUCUUUUGUAUUUCCGAUUAUUCCCAAUGGUGAUUUUCAUUGGAUUCUCAGGACUGUUAUACAGUUGUUGUUGUUUAGUUUUUUUUUUUACUGUAGUACAGGGAAAAAGUGCUGUUAUGUUUUCUUUAAAUCAGCAUGAAUUGAAGGUACUUCAGGAAAUACAAAAAAAAUCAAAAAUCAAAUUCUGAUAAGAAUUUGGAGGGAAAUGUGUUUUAGCAUGAAAAUAUAUCUUAAAAUAAUGUCACAAUGCAAAAACAAAUCUCCUAAAAAUAGGCGUUUUUUAUUUUUUUUUCUUAACUAAAGUUCUUGUUUUUCUUUCGAUUUUGGGGUGAAAUGUGACCUGGGCAAGUUUUAGACAGGUUUUGUGAGAUUUACCCGUAUACUCAGGCACCUUCACAAGACAUAUUUACACACAUACUCUCAGUUACCCAACAUAUAGCUUUAGUUGGAGGAAUCUGCAUCUACUCAAAUGCAAGGGUGAUUUUGGUACAGAUCCGACGCCCUCAUUGAGUUGUUCAUAAUGACAAGACCACGAGGGACCAGGCAAUAGGUUUCCCUUUUUACCACAGUGAAUCUUCUUGUAAAUGAAUACGUUUCUAAUUUCUUGGGCUUCUUUUCAAAGGUAUGAUUUCUCUCAUCUAGCGUCACCGCUUAUUUUGUUAUGUUGAAGCCCUUUGUUAGGGUGCUGGUUCCAGCUGAAGAGCCUGUGUAGUGCUGGAUGAAGCUGUUUGGGCGCCCCCUGCUGGUAGGAAUGGGACUUGCCACCAAACCCAUAAUAUUUUAAUGGGAUGUGUCAUGGAGAAGGAAUGUUUUCCAAAAAAAAAAGUCCUUGCAAAGCCAGUUCCACUGAAAUGGGUGUGAACUGUCUGAGAUUGGUUUAUAUAUAUGAAUCAGAAGGCUUUGCGUUCUCUUUAAACAAUGUAACCAUCAAUCUACUUAAAUUUCAAAGGCUAUGAUGGUAAUCACAUUCAGGUCAUUUGAACCGCCUUACGAUUAAGUGAUUUUCAUUUUUCUGUCUGUAUUUGACUCAUGGUGCCUUUUGGAUCAUAAAAAAACAAGUUUGUUUCUCCAGUUUGUGUCUUAUAGAAUUCAAAUGUAUUUGGAUGAGGCUGAAUUGAAUGUUUAUGAGGUGGCGUGGCAUUUUCCUCUCGUCCCUGUGCUACACACUCAACGGUUAGGGACUACACAACCAACCGCCUACCAAAGACGGCACUCAGGCUCACCUUUGACCCCUGCAUACAUCUGCGGCACUCGCAGUUUACAGACUCUGCCGCCUCGGAGUGCCGAGUGUCUGACCCUUGUGUUUGCAUUGUUCUAGUCCCCUGCCUGACGUGUAUCUCGUUCAAGAGUUCAUUUCUGUUCGUCUUUCUCGCUGCCGUUCUGGUGCUGCUCCGUCAUCUCUCAAAACUGAUCCAAUGCAACAAGCUGCUUUUGUUUUUGUUAUUGUUCCUUUCAUUUCUUUAGUUUAUUUUUCUUAUGUUUUGAGCCUUUUUGCCCUUAUCUGUAUGAAAAUUAGAUCAGAGGCUAGGGCCAAUGAUUUCUAACUUGUUCAGAACAGCUUAUGAUGUUUGUAUAUUUGCUUUAUAAUAUGCGUGUAAAUGCAUAUCUAAAUGAAAAUAAAAACAUUGAAUCCACA